AUGAGUGCCCUAUCCGACAAGUUGGAUGCGCUGACUAUGAAUUUUGACUGCAUUGCAAUGGGACAGCCGUCUCAAGAACCCCAAGGAAAAAUGAGGGACGUGAACUAUGUGAAUCAAGGGGACAACAACCGGUACUUCAAUAAUCACUGCCCCAACUUUCAGGGUGGAGGAUAUAAUCAGUUCGGGAACAAAUGGCAUCCCAAUCUCUCUUAUGGAAACCCAAAUAAUGCUCUGCAACCACCCCCGGGGUUCACAGUUACUGAUGGAGUGGUUAAUGAUCCGAAGAAGAUGACCACGGAAGACAUACUCAAGUCUUUCAUGCUACAGUCCAACAAGCUCAUGGAGCAGAACAAUCAAGGUUGGAGAAGCCAGAUUUCUCAGACUGUGAGUACUAUUACUGAAUCGGGAAAAUUCCCUUCGAACACUAUCAUAAAUCCCAAAGAAUGCAAAGCUGUGCAUCUAAGGAGUGGCACUGUUUAUGAAGCUCCCUCACUGCCUGCGACCACAUCUGAUACCGUUCUUGAGCCCAAGGCUGCCGUGGCAGAGAAGGAAAAGGAGGCUGAAAAGGAGAAUACUGGCACCACUUUUGGAGUAAAGGUGCCAUUCCCCCAGGUACUGAAUCAGAAGAAGAAGAAAGAUGAGCAGUUCACUCAAUUUCUGGACAUCUUCAGAAAGGUGCAUGUGAACAUUCCUUUGAUCGAGGCACUGCAGCAGAUGCCUAAGUACGCUAAGUUUCUGAAGGAGGUGAUAGCCCAGAAGACCAGUUGGGGGCUGGUUGACACUAUUAAUCUAACUGAAAAUUGCAGUGCUCUGCUGCAAAGGAAACUGCCUGCCAAGCUGAAGGAUCCUGGAAGUUUCACUGUCGACUGCCUCAUUAGGGGGUAUAAGGUGGAGAAUGCUCUCUGCGAUCUAGGCGCGAGCAUUAAUCUAAUGCCACUAUCGGUGUUCAAGCAAAUGAACAUUUGUACUUUGAAGCCCAUCUCAGCCACACUACAGAUGGCAGACAGAUCUGUCGUGUAUCCAGAGGGCAUCGUGGAAGACCUACUGAUUAAGGUCGGGGAAUUUAUUUUUCCCAUCGACUUUAUGGUCUUGGACAUGGAAGAAGACAAGGGAGUCCCCCUACUGCUAGGACGUCCCUUCCUUGCCACUGCUGAGGCAAAUAUAAACGUGAAAAAGGGAGAGUUGACAAUCUUCAUGGGAGAAGAAAGUCAACACAUUUUCCCACAAACCGAGAAGCAUGGAUGGAAGAACUGA